AUGUCUGACUCUUUUCUAUCGACGGAUAAAGACGAUGUAAACAACCACAAUGAAGUUACUAAUCCAGCACACUCAUCAAUUGAACGUAACGAUGAAGACGAAAAACAAAAACAAGCACAACAACCAAUCAAUUGUUUGUCCGAACUCUCAUUAGAAGAAAGUGACUCAUUUUUCGCAGUUCUAAAACGUCUUUGUUUUUAUUGGCGACGAAUUGUAAUACAGAAAAUCCGUGUCAUAUUAACGCUCAUUUUCAUGUCUAUGCUCAAUUUUACAACACGAAUAACAUGUUUUACAGGACAACGAACACCAACAUCGCCAUCUUCAUUUAAUACUUCAGUCUCCUCAUCGUCAAUACGAACACUUGAAGAAGAGUUAAACAACUCAUCAAAAUCUCCUUUACUCAUUGAGAAAACACAUCAUCAACAACAACAACAAAUUGAUGUGCCAUUGCUAGAGAAUUCUACCAUGGCGCAAAUACUUAUUCAACAAAAGAUGAAUCGGUCAUCAAACAUAGGUAUCAACAGACCCACAACAUCGCAAAAAGAUAUAUCAUUAGUAGUGAGACAUUCAGUGGACGAUAGAUUGUUUUAUCGUGAUUCACAACAGAUAUUUCAUUUUUUAACAAGAGUUGCAUCUGAACCUCAAAUGUUCAAACAUCACCAUUCACAAUUAACAAAUUCAAAUGUAAAAUUAAUUAAAUCUACCAGAGAUUUUACAAUAUCAUUACCAAUAUCAAAUUCAUCCGUACAAUUGGCUGAGUCAAAAAAUAAUGAAAUACAUUUCGAUGAUAUUCUUAUAUUUAACUGUGAUCAAAUUCAACCCGUAUCGAAUUCUACAGCAGAAGAUUUUACCAGUGAUGAAAUAGACAAUAUUGUAUCUACAACAAAUCAGCAAUCGGAAGAAAGAAUAACACUAACUGACGAAUUUGAAGCUCUGCAUGUCAAUGGAGAUUCAGAAGCUGCAUACACAAAUGGAGAUUUAAAAAUUUCAGAAUCAACUGAAGACGUUCUAACUGAUGCAAGUUCUUCUCUUAAUGAUAGUGAUUCACAUGGUGAACGCCAUUUUCGUCGUCGAAAACGACGUUCAUCAUUAACAAAAACCUCAGUAUCCCUCGAUGAUACGGAAUCAAUAACUGAUUUAAUUGAGAAAAUUUCUAUAGAUAAUGAAACACCACAAGACACUAAUAAAAAUUUAAAACUAAUAGAAAGUGAUGAUAAAGAAAAUAAGAAUAUUAUUGCACAAGAUACUUCAGACAAGAAAGAACUAGCUCAAACAAUCGACGAUGCUGAAAAAUCAGCUCCACUUAGUAGAUACCGCGGAAGACGACUAAGACAACGAUUUUAUCAUCAUGCAGUUGAAGUAUCUUCACCACCACAAGAAAUCAUUCCGAAUAUUUCGUCGGAACUUUAUCUAUCUCAUGAAACUCUUCAUGUUGAAUCAACUAUAGAAAUUUCCACACCACAACCACCAACAUCUAUAACUCUGAUAGUUCCCUCUAAUCAAGUAACGCCUCAUAUAGCAGGUGGUCGUCUUAAACAUGUUGGCUCUAAUUCAUCACCGAAGAAAAACGUUCGCUUUGCUGAUUCCGUUGGUCGUGAAUUAGUCGAAGUGCAAUAUAUCAAUUCUUCAACAAAUGGUGAAUCAAGAGAACUUGCAUUCUUAUUAGAUUUAUCAUCAUCUCCUCCGUCAUUUACGAAAAAUAAUAUUUAUCUACCAAUAACUUCACGUUUAGAACAUAAACCAUGGUCGUUUGAUGUUGUUUCCAAGCCAACUAAACCAAUCAAUAAUAAACAACAUUCAAAACGAUUCUAUUGUUUAUUUCGUCAGCCUGACUCUGAGCAUCCAGACAUUUAUUUACAUGAAGUAUGGAAAUCUCAAAUAAAAUUAGAACAUGCCGAUAUACCAUAUAAAUCUUCUUCAACCGAUGAACAGCGACUCUACGGAACAUUAUGGGUUGCCAAUAUCGGCUAUCAAAAAUCUGUCUCUAUUAAAUAUACAUUCAAUAAUUGGUUGAAUGUCUACGAAAAUGAAGCUCAAUAUUGUUGUCAUUCAAAUGAUUCUCGUAAUAUCGAUCAAUUUCAAAUUACUGUUACCAUACCUAAAGACGUGGAUCGAAUUGAUUUUGUUUUACGCUAUUGUGUUAAUGGCCAAGAAUAUUGGGAUAAUAAUUUAGGAAAAAAUUAUUCAUUACAAACUGAUUCAGCUUAUACGACAUCAACAACGAUUUCUUUGCCACAUGAUAGUGAUUUUAACGAAAUGAGAUUCUAUUAA